UGCAAAGGGUUGGGGGCACACACACACACACAGUGAGCCUUAGAUCCAUCUCAUGGGGUAUCCCCAGCCUGGCACUUCAAUCUCUCAAGGCCCACACCUCUGCCCCAAGCGGUAUAGAGGUUCUAGUACCCCUGGCGGAUGCCUGUGAGCACAGGGAUCAGAAGUGUCAUCUGGAUCCCCAUCUGCAGCUGGUGUACUCACAGCUGUGGCCAGGAACACACAUAUAUGGGUCCUUCACAGGCAGCCCCCAGGCCCAGGCCAUAUUCUGGUUCACCAGGGAUUUCAGGUGGUAUCUGAGCAGCUUCAGCCUGGCAGGCAUGCCCAGACCUGCCCUGGAAUUUUUAGAAUAGCCAAGGGCAGUACAGGCACCCAGACAUUGCUGAGAGCCCCCCCCCCACACCCCCACACACAUAUUCCCACAGUCCCCGUGGGAGCUGCCCUUAAAUGAGGCUUUAGGGAACUCCAGGAAAUGUCUGCCGGGUGUCUGGCACCAGACCGUCUCUUUUCUGAUUGAUCUGGGUAGUUAGAUCUUUACUUCAUAGAAGAGGAGGCCGAGUCAGCACAGAGAGGGUAAGCAAGUCCCCCUGGGUCACAGAGAGGGAGGGUCAGGAAUCCAAGUCAGGGUGCCAGCCAUCUGAGCACCAAGAGCCCUGGGUAUGUGCACCCUGGGUGCAUCCUGUGAUGGAUUGUGGCCCAGAAUAGGAUUAGCAAACCUGUGGCUCAGCUCCUACCUGGUUCUAGUGGAUUCUGGGACCUAAGUUUGGCCCUUCUACCGGGUGACCUUGCCUCUGAAUGUUUCUGAGCCUUACUUUCUUUGCUACUAAAAAGGAGUAAAGGGUAUCUCCUGGAGGGUUACUGUGAGGACUACGGGCAACCCUUGGAAGGGCUUCCAGGUGCCCUGGAGUCAUAGCUGCAGGGACAAGGGAUCUGCUGGAUCUUACAGGACCACCCAUGCCAGUUUGGGGGAACUGCCUCCUGCCUGGCUCUGAGUCUUCAGGAUACUUGUUCAGUCUCCGCAGAGGGACAAAGCAACAGUGGGGAGGCAGACUGCAGUGCAUGAGGUUAGAGUAAUUUAUAAUAUACUUCCAACCAGCUUCACAAAAGGACCAGAAGAGAUGCAAUGCCUCUGCUGGCAGGCUUUGCCCCUUGGUGUCUCCCCAAAGGACUUGGCCUCAGAAAGAUCAAAGUCAUGCAGAGGAAUGGGGCAAGGGCUUGGUGACUGCAUCUAAGGAAUAAAUUUAGCUUGGAGAUUCUUGGCAGCCAAGGCAGAAAGGGAACAAAGAUGAGCUCAAUAGCUGCCAUUUUCUGACAAAAUGAAGCAUCUGACUUAUUUAGGGGAGAUAUAUAUGUAUUUUUCCCCCAUAAAAAUCCAAGAGUACUUUUCAGACACUUUCCACUGAGGGGCCAUCAGUAACAGGCAGAGUUACUGGGUUUUCAGAUUUUUCUUGUGGCUCCUUAUCCUGGUCCUGAACAAGCAUCAGGGGCACAGCAAGUGUCAGAGGGUGUCCAAGGAGCUUAUGUGACCCUACAUGGCUUUAACAUGGCUUGGUGGGCUGGCUUGACCUCUUGCUGCCUUUGUCAAGUGUCCCAUUGGUAUUGGCCUUCACACAGCCUUGUGGCUCGUGGGACUGAGCUGCUUGGCUCACUUAGAAACAGAGAGUUCAGGUGCCUGGAGGAGGUAUUGUUUUCAUGUGCUGUUCGAAGGAAGAGGGGCUUUGCCCCAAAAAUUGUCAUCAGCUUUACCUGUCAGUCUCCUUGGGUAAUAAAGAAUCCACAGUGCAGCACCUGCUGAGUAAUUGUUGGCUUAGAGGAGGCAAGUUAUGUCUCAUGCCGAUGGCGGAGGAUGCUUCAUUCAGCAUUCUUAGCUGCAAACAGGAGACAUGAAAUUAUAGACUAACCAGAAAAGGCUGGCAGGUAGCCCUCACAAAACCAGAGAGGGCCAGUGCAUGGCCCGAAAACCCUAGUAGUCUGGGUCCGUGAGGACACUUCUGUUGACACCAGGCCUGCACUGCUGCCAGUCACUGCAACACCAACUUGACUUCUUUGAACCAAGAUGUCAGCUUUCCACUUGCUGUGAGGCCUCCAGCCACUGCCGCGGCUACCGGACUGACUGGAGGGAGAACAAAUAAAACCCAACCACUCAGCGACCAGAGAAGGACUACUUGGUGCCUUCCGUCUCCCUGAUGGAAAGUUGGGAACGCCAUCUACUGAGCCUCACAAGGGACAGCUUGGAAAACGAGAAAGAGUGCAAACGCCGGGCCGCCAGAAAAAUCAGCCAAGCUUUGAGAGUUGAGGCAGGCGUAUUAUUAUUAAAAAAAAAAGGGGGGGGGGGUCUGGUUCUUUUCUACGAGGUUUCUUUGCAGCUGAGGCACUGUCUCACCAGCCUAGGGGACACAUCGGCCACACACCUAGUCUGAGCAAGCGUCCGGGAACUGGAGGCAGGCAGGCCAACAAGCGACUCCUGCCGGCAGUCCCUGCGCAGUCCUAACACCAACCACCCAGGCUUUUGAACACGACUCCGGACAGCAUCUUGGGCCCACUUCCGCUCUGAGCUCGUUUGCCCCUCCUCCCAGCAUGCCCCAGGCCGCCCUCCGGGAGGCCCCGCCCAGUGCAUGGUGGGGCAACUAGCAUGGCGGCUGAAGGUGCCCUGUGUGGUUUCAUCUACCUGGAAGGCAGCACCUGGGUAGACCCUGAAGACAGCAAAGCCUUGGCCCCUGUCUCGCUGGGACAUGGCAGCCACAGAGAGAGCAGCCCUUUCCUUUGUCCCUUGGAGGCUUCCAGAGGAAGCGAAUACUAUGACAGGAACCUGGCACUGUUUGAGGAAGAGCUGGACAUCCGCCCAAAGGUAUCGUCUCUUCUGGGCAAGCUCGUCAGCUACACCAACCUCACCCAGGGCGCCAAAGAGCAUGAGGAGGCUGAAAGUGGGGAGGGUACCCGCCGGAGGACGUCCAAGGCGCCCAGCAUGGGCACCCUCAUGGGGGUGUACCUGCCCUGCCUGCAGAAUAUCUUCGGGGUGAUCCUCUUCCUGCGGCUGACGUGGAUGGUGGGCACGGCCGGCGUGCUGCAGGCCCUCCUCAUUGUGCUGAUCUGCUGCUGCUGCACCUUGCUGACAGCCAUCUCCAUGAGCGCCAUCGCCACCAACGGAGUGGUUCCAGCUGGGGGCUCCUAUUUCAUGAUCUCCCGCUCCCUGGGGCCAGAAUUUGGAGGUGCAGUGGGCCUGUGCUUCUACUUGGGAACAACAUUUGCAGCAGCCAUGUACAUCCUGGGGGCCAUUGAGAUCUUGCUGACCUACAUUGCCCCGCCAGCUGCCGUUUUUCACUCAACAGGCGCUCACGACUCGUCCAGUGCCACCUUGAACAACAUGCGGGUGUACGGGACCCUUUUCCUUACCUUCAUGACCCUGGUGGUGUUUGUUGGCGUCAAGUACGUGAACAAAUUUGCCUCGCUCUUCCUGGCCUGUGUGAUCAUCUCCAUCCUCUCCAUCUAUGCGGGGGGCAUCAAGUCUAUUUUUGACCCUCCCGUGUUUCCAGUGUGCAUGCUGGGCAACAGGACCCUGUCCCGGGACCAGUUUGACAUCUGCGCCAAGACAGCCAUGGUGGAUAAUGAGACAGUGGCCACCCAGCUAUGGAACCUCUUCUGCCACAGCUCCAACCUUACCGCUGACUCCUGUGACCCCUACUUCCUGUUCAACAAUGUGACCGAGAUUCCUGGCAUCCCAGGUGCAGCUGCCAGCAUGCUCCAGGAGAACCUGUGGAGCACCUACCUGGAGAAGGGUGAGGUCGUGGAGAAGCAUGGGCUACCCUCCACAGAUGCCCUUGGCCUGAAGGAGAACCUGCCCCUGUACGUGGUGGCUGACAUCGCCACAUCCUUCACCGUGCUGGUUGGCAUCUUCUUCCCCUCUGUGACAGGCAUCAUGGCUGGCUCAAAUCGCUCUGGUGACCUCCGCGACGCCCAGAAGUCCAUCCCGGUGGGGACCAUUCUGGCCAUUGUUACCACCUCCCUUGUGUACUUCAGCAGUGUGGUUCUCUUUGGCGCCUGCAUCGAGGGCGUGGUACUCCGGGACAAGUACGGUGACGGUGUCAGCAGAAACCUAGUGGUAGGCACGUUGGCCUGGCCUUCACCCUGGGUCAUUGUCAUCGGGUCCUUCUUCUCAACUUGUGGCGCCGGUCUACAGAGCCUCACAGGGGCACCACGCCUGUUGCAGGCCAUUGCCAAGGACAACAUCAUCCCCUUCCUCCGGGUAUUUGGCCACGGGAAGGCAAACGGUGAACCAACAUGGGCACUCCUCCUGACGGCACUCAUCGCUGAGCUGGGCAUCCUCAUCGCCUCCCUUGACAUGGUGGCCCCCAUUCUAUCCAUGUUCUUUCUGAUGUGUUACCUGUUUGUGAACCUGGCCUGUGCUGUGCAAACGCUCCUGAGGACCCCCAACUGGCGGCCCCGGUUCAAGUACUAUCACUGGGCGCUGUCCUUCCUGGGCAUGAGCCUCUGCCUGGCCCUGAUGUUCGUCUCCUCCUGGUACUAUGCCCUGGUCGCCAUGCUCAUUGCAGGCAUGAUCUACAAGUACAUUGAGUACCAAGGGGCUGAGAAGGAGUGGGGUGAUGGGAUCCGAGGCCUGUCCCUGAGUGCUGCCCGCUAUGCGCUGUUGCGGCUAGAGGAGGGGCCUCCUCACACCAAGAACUGGCGGCCUCAGCUGCUGGUGCUGCUGAAACUAGACGAGGACCUUCAUGUGAAGUACCCACGGCUCCUCACCUUUGCCUCCCAGCUGAAGGCAGGCAAGGGCCUGACCAUUGUUGGUUCUGUCAUCCAGGGAAGCUUCCUGGAGAGCUAUGGCGAGGCCCAGGCUGCUGAGCAGACAAUCAAGAACAUGAUGGAGAUUGAGAAAGUAAAGGGCUUUUGCCAGGUGGUGGUGGCCAACAAGGUGCGUGAGGGGCUGGCCCACCUCAUCCAGUCUUGCGGCCUGGGCGGCAUGAGGCAUAACUCCGUGGUGUUGGGCUGGCCCUAUGGCUGGCGACAGAGUGAGGACCCACGUGCCUGGAAGACCUUUAUUGACACUGUGCGCUGCACCACGGCUGCCCACCUGGCCCUGCUCGUGCCCAAGAACAUUGCCUUCUACCCCAGCAACCAUGAACGCUACCUGGAGGGUCAUAUCGACGUAUGGUGGAUCGUGCAUGAUGGUGGCAUGCUCAUGCUUUUACCCUUCCUGCUGCGCCAGCACAAGGUUUGGAGGAAGUGCCGGAUGCGCAUCUUCACGGUGGCCCAGAUGGACGACAACAGCAUCCAGAUGAAGAAGGACCUGGCUAUCUUUCUGUACCACCUACGCCUGGAGGCGGAGGUGGAGGUGGUGGAGAUGCACAACAGUGACAUCUCUGCAUAUACCUACGAGCGGACACUGAUGAUGGAGCAGAGGUCCCAGAUGCUGCGGCAGAUGAGGCUGACCAAGACGGAGCGGGAGCGAGAAGCCCAGCUGGUCAAGGACCGACACUCAGCCCUGAGGCUGGAGAGCCUGUACUCAGACGAGGAGGAUGAGUCUGCAGCUGGGGCUGACAAGAUCCAGAUGACAUGGACACGGGAUAAGUACAUGGCAGCUGAGCCCUGGGACCCCAGCCACGCCCCUGAGAACUUCCGAGAACUGGUGCAUAUUAAGCCGGACCAGUCCAAUGUGCGGCGCAUGCACACUGCCGUGAAGCUCAAUGAAGUCAUUGUCACACGUUCCCACGAUGCCCGCCUGGUCCUACUGAACAUGCCUGGCCCACCCAAGAACAGUGAGGGUGAUGAGAACUACAUGGAGUUCCUGGAGGUGCUGACCGAGGGCCUGGAGCGGGUGCUGUUGGUUCGUGGUGGUGGCCGUGAAGUCAUCACUAUCUACUCCUGAGCCCGAUACAGACUUGUGGCCUAGACUGGAGGUGUUCAGUGUAGCACCCCCUCCCAGCAUGCAUCUGCCAGUCCUGCUUUGCCCAAUCCUACCCUGGACCCUGCUAUGGAGAUUGGGCCUGGGCCUGGCAACGGAGAUGGAUCCAGGGUCCUGCAAGGACCCUGAGAAGUUUGGGGACUUUCCCCGUUUAGCACCCCUGGAGGCCAGCCCUGGCUGGAGAAGACUGGUGGGGGCUGACAUUGGGUUUGAAGGCAGCCAGCCCAGGAAUGCUAUUUAUUGAAUAUUUAUUGUUGGGAUGUCACCAUCAGAAAGGAAAAGGGUGACGAGGGAGGGGGUCCUACCCAGCCCGCCUGCAGAAGAGCUGGCUGAGGUUACUGUGGGCAGGAACCCCUACCAAGCUGAGCCUAAUGGAGCCAGUCAGCUGAGGCCGGACUUUUUUCAAUAAAACAUUGUGUACUUCUGGGCC